GCCCUACAAACCGGGGGGGCGUCCGCACCUCCCGCGCGGCGCGUGGCCGUGGAGCCCGCCGCCGGCUCGCAGCUCGGUGUCGCGGCUGCCGGCAGGCUCUGGGCAGGGCAGCCAGUCAGCGCAGUCAGGGGCGCCCUUGGGCAGCCGCAGACGGGACUCCCGGCAGGACCACCGGCUGCUGCUCCUCCGGGAGCCUGGCUCGUCCGUCGCCCCGCGAUGGAGCAGCACACCCGGCGGGAGCGCCCGCUGCCAAGCCCUGCUCACCAGAUAGAAACAGAUGACAGAACAGCCUUGGUUUGUAAGCCUAGGACUAAAGGAGGAAACAGUGAUCUCCCAUCAGCUGGUUUUAAUGUUAUCAACUCUAUCAUAGGAUCGGGAAUAAUAGGAUUGCCUUAUUCAAUGAAGCAAGCUGGUUUUCCAUUAGGAAUAUUGCUUUUAGUUGGUGUUGCCUAUAUCACAGAUUAUUCCAUUAUAUUACUGAUUAAAGGAGGAAACCUCUCUGGAACGAACAGCUACCAGGAACUGGUCAAUAAAUCAUAUGGUUUUAUAGGAUAUCUAAUUCUCUCAACACUACAGUUUUUAUAUCCAUUUAUUGCCAUGAUUAGUUACAACAUAAUAACAGGAGACACUUUGACUAAAGUUUUUCAAACAAUUCCUGGAGUUGGUCCAGAUAACUUACUUACUUACCGCCAAGUCAUUAUUCUGUGUAUUACCAUCAUCUUUACCCUGCCUAUGUCUCUCUAUCGUGACAUAGCAAAACUGGCAAAGGUAUCUUUUAUUUCUCUGAUUUUAACCACUGUAAUCCUGGUCAUUGUGAUGAUAAGGACAACAACCCUUGGCCCACUAGUACCCAAAACAGAGACUGCCUGGAUAUUUGCAAAGUCUAAUGCAAUACAAGCCAUUGGGGUGAUGUCAUUUGCAUUCGUUUGCCAUCAUAACAGCUUUUUAAUCUAUGGCUCUUUGGAAGAACCCACUCUGAGUAACUGGUCUCGCAUCACUCAUGUGUCUGUCUCACUCGCUCUGUUUAUCAGUGUGCUGUUUGCUGUAUGUGGCUAUGUGACAUUUACCGGUUACACAGAAGGAGAUAUAUUUGAAAACUAUUGCAGAGAUGAUGAUCUUGCUACAUUUGGAAGGUUUUGCUAUGGAGUCACUAUAAUCCUGACUUUCCCCAUUGAAUGUUUUGUGACUAGAGAAGUAAUUGCCAAUGUGUUUUUCAGUGGGACCCUUACUACCAUUCUCCAUGUUGCUGUGACAGUAAUUGUUGUUGCUGUAGCCACAAGCAUAUCUUUAGUGUAUGAUUGCCUUGGAAUAGUUUUAGAGCUGAACGGGAUUCUCAGUGCUACGCCACUUGUUUUUAUCAUCCCAACAGCAUGUUAUCUGAAGCUGUCUGAAGAGAGAUGGAACCAUUCAGAUAACCUAAUAUCCGGCCUGAUUCUUACUGUUGGUGUGUUAGUGAUGACAGUUGGAUUUGUUAUGACUAUCUUGCAUCCCCAAGAAUGUAGCCAUGGAAAAGAAAUGUUCUACUGCUUCCCUCAUAAUGCCUCUCUUUACAACAGUACACUUCCGCCUUUUUAGCUAACUUGCCAGUUCUGAGUCUAAAGGGCCUGUCAGUCAGUCCAUACUAAUUUAAGUAUGACUGGGACAGAGUCCUCUUAUGUUUUCAUACUGACUAAGAAUCUUAAACUGUACAACUAUAUUUGUGUAUCGUGUUUUAUGCUGUUGUCUUUUUCUAGAUGAGAAUUAAGCUUUGACUUUUAAGAUUGUGAAAUGCUUUAAAGUGCAUUACAUCAAACCUGACUAUUCAGUAGAGCCUCACUAAAUUGGAUGAAUAACUCAAAAACCAAUGCUAAGGAUGUAAUUUUGCAAAUUAGCAAAUUAGUAAUCAAAUACAAUUAAAAACAUAGAUUAGGCAUCUCAAAGUGUACUUUCUCUAGUCCUUUAACAAAUGGAGUUUUAGUUUUAAUUACUUUUGGUAACUCUUCACAGAAUACUAGUAAACGUACUCUAGUGUAUUUUCUAAAAGCCCUGAAACUAUAUUAUUAAGAGACCUAACCAUACCGCUCUGCUAUUAAAUUUUUGCUGAGAAGUGGGGAUAGCCCUGUGAAUGUUGUCUGUGAUUUGUAGUGUAUCUAGCUUAGAGUGAAAAUCACCUUGGGGCAGAGGACCAAUACAAAUGCAAGACUUUUGUGCAUUUAAAUACUCAAAAUAGGGUUUAAAUGGGAUUUUUGUUGUGCCCAGACUGUGUUGGUUCUCUGCACGAGUGCAGUUUUACACUCAUUGAAUAGUGAAUUACAAGGUUGUUUGCUGUGUUUUUAUUAAAAGGAUUUUAUAUGAAUAAAAUAGCAUUGGUAUUUUUUAAAAUGACUGAAGAGAUUGACAGAAUAGAAAUUGUAAUUUAUAGGAAUCAUAACCUACCUUAAAUUAAUAAGUGAACUUAUUGCUUAUGAAACCUGAUGGUGAUAAUGCUGUAGUUUCAGCAGGUGCUGUCUGAUUUUCCCCAUGGAGUUCUGCUAGUGAACUGAAAUCUCAAAUUCCAUGUCUCUCUUCAGUACAUUCCAUUUGUUCAGCAGAACUCUACCCUGUCUGAAACAAAUGGCAGAAUCAUAUAAAUGCCCAAGCUCACUUUCACUUAGAGGAUUUAUAUCAAGGUCGAUAGGAGACUAGUCAACUAAGAAUUCACUUGUAAAUAAUGUGAAGGAUGAGCCUGGCUCCCCAUUUUAUUGCUGAGCACUUGUGUUUUCCAUCCAGAUCAAAUGGUUUGAUCACCUUCUUGGCUCAGUCUGUGUUUUCAGUAUCUUAAGGUCUUUAUGCUACCUCAGCCAGAGAUGCUUUGAUACUGCUCAACACUUUCAAACCUCAAUGCAUAAGACAGGUUUCGAAAUCCAUAUCUAGACAGCUAAACAGGAGUGGUCUGAUUUUCAGAAUUGCUGAGCCCACCUGCAAGUCCCAUUGACUUCAAAAGAAAACCAGGCGACUUCUGAUCAGGAUGUCAGGACCUAAUUUAGGCAUCCAGGUUUGAAAAUUUUGCCCACUGUCCUUAUUGCUUGAAAAACAAUUUCAAUCAAAACUUUUAACCCACAAGUUUGCUAUUAUGGUAGAAGGCACUAGAUGUUGUUACACAUAGUUUUACAAGUUGUUUUUCUUACUGUGUGAGCACUGUUCAGUCUCUGAAGAAAUCUUUGUAUUGUAUUUAGUUUUGUAAUGUAGCUUCUUUGUGGGGAAGGUGGGAAGCUGUUGAAAGAAUCAGGGGAGUUUACACACUGCCUUAAGCUCCUUACCCAGAGUUGAUUUUUAGGACAGAAUUACUCCAUGAGAGCCAGGCAUUGGUGUUUUGGCUGAAAUUACUGAAGAGAGGAAUUGCCUGAAUGCUUUUGUGACCUACCUCUAUUCCUGGACUGCUGUAUAGAGUGGAAAUAAAUAAGUUGCACUAAGAAAAUACCCAGCCCCAGUGUUGCUCAACUUGAAAGGCCCUGACUUCUGCUAUCUCUUGGCAAAGAAUGGCCUUAUGUAUCUUAGCAGUUUAGAUUCUGCCCUAUUGCUAAAUUUGUAUCUGAUUUUGUUUAGACUUUUCAAUAAAAGGAACGUUCUCUGUUUUGUCAUCUUGAUUCCCUCAGCACCCACUUCAUUAUACUCAGGUAGUUAUUGCCUGCUUUGUAUUCCCUCAGCCUACUGCUGAUGAAAAGCUUUUAAGUCAGCAGUUACUGGUAUUUAUUAAUCUUCCUAUCAUUUUUGUGUGUCUGCUCAGUUAUUCUUUGCUUGCUUGAAGAAUUUAAUAGCUUCAGUUUAAAAAGAACUGAUGGGGAGAAUACAUACCCAUAUUCCAUUUCUGAUUUGCUUGUUCAUGUGUCCAGUCAACAGAUUGCUGGAUAUGAUGCUGCCAUGGUAUCCUGUUUAAUUUAAUGGUGUCCUGAUGACACUGUGCUAAUAUGAUAUGAGACUUAAUGUAUUUAAAAUUUACAAAAAGUAGAAAAUAAAUAGCUUUGUGAUGCUUAGCAAGUUGACCAAUAAAAACUGAAGUCUCACUGUUCAGUUAAAUGUCCAUGUUGGUAACAAAACUACAAAAAGUCUUCCCCUCUUACCGCCCCCCACCCCCACCAAAAAAGGGGCAUAUUACUGUGUACAGCACAGUUUUUACUUUAGAAAAAGAAUAUAUCUGAAGUUGAGGUUCUCCCAGGCAUAAAAAUACUAAACAAGGAAAGUCAGAUGAUAUGGCUGCCAUAAUUUAAAAUUAAGUACUGUUCUGCUAAUAGCUUUACACAAACUACAAUUCCUUCUUUUCCUACACUAUACACUUAUCUGUAUCGAAGCUGUGCA